CUCAAAACUGGCUCAUCCCCGCUUGCAGUCUUUGGUGGCGAGAGGCCUCUCACAAUCAGCGUGGAGAGUAUGCUCACAGGCCUCUGCGCCGAUCAAGUCCGUCCUUCUCGCCUCCUCAACUCCACUCAAGCAGCAACGAUCGACGUCCAUGACAGUCACAGACUCCCCCUCACGACGGGGUCCUGACAGCACCUCACAAGGAGACGACGACUGUCAGGACGCGGCGGACAAGAAGCGGGAACUCCAACAGCAGGAUCAGAAAAAAGUAGAAGAAGCCCGCAAAGUCCACGAGAUCACCGAGAGCUCCUCAGACGAGAGCGGUGACGAAGCAUCGAGUAGGACUCGCAGCACAACGUCGAAUCGCUCCGAAUCGGUCAUUCUAGACGCCGCGGCGUCUCCUGCGACCGUUGAAGAUGAGGAGGAAAAAUCGCCCGAGAUGCCACCGCCAGAGGUGGUGGAGGAGAUGCGUGCAGGCGUUUACAUGCCCGACCCUGAGGUAGUCUACAAUACCAAGAAUGUGGCCGAUAUGCACUAUUUGUUCACGAACGACAAAUUGAAGGAGGAAUCGCCCGCUAUUGUGUUACGGUCCGACCCAUUCUGCAUCCCUAGAGUCACGGACAAUGUUCCUAAUUAUCGACCUAUGCUCAACCCGUUGAGCAUCUUUUUGGGAGAAGAUAAACUCUUGCCGGGGAACUUUCGGUUGGAUCCGACGGAGAGACUGCCGAAUGUUGGAGCGUCCAAGAAGGAUGCGAUGAAUGGACCUAGAGGAAUCCUGCCCCCUCCUGGAAACUCGUCAUCAUCUACGAGCUCUGGGAAACAAUUUCGAGGAAAAACGAGUGCGUUUAUGGGGACUAUGCCACGUCAAACGGAGUUUGCAGAGAUUCCAGUAUCGGAGAAGCUUUUCCAGAACCACGAGGUAUUUCGGCCUUCACCGCCUAUUUCUCGGGUUCCAACGUCCCCAAUUAGGGAUCAAAGAUCAGCUACAUCGAUGAACAGCAGGUCAUUCACAGCGAACAGUGCAGAGGGUGGCCAGACUUCAGUUACGAUGAAUACGAGCUCAUCUGCCUCCCUGUCCGACGCAAUGCUGCUAUCAUCGAUACAGCAUACACUUGACGCCACGACAGCAGCUCUUACAGCAACGGACAGCACUAUGUCGUCGCAAGACAAUGCCACAGAUUCCACUUCAGACGCUGCUUCUGUCUCGUCCGGAUACCAGAUCCAGCCACUUCAGCCGCUGGAAUCGGUCGCAGACACGUUGACAAACUACCUUCCAACCCGCAGCUCAUCUACGUUGGACAACCGGCUGAUGGAUGGACAGUUCUUCAACGCACCAGGAGGAUACAAUCCUGUUGGUGGAUCGAUGAGCUAUGCUGGUAAUGCCGUUGUCCCCGGAUCAUUCGGCUCCGUCCUAGCAGCGGCCGAAGUCCAAGCCAGCAACCCGUAUUCCGGUCUUUUCAUCGAUAGUGCUGGAGCGCAAUCUGUCAACCAGAACAUGCAGACUUUUUCCUCUGCGCUUGGCUCCAUUUCUCUCACCACUCCAACAAGCGGCGCUGCUGGACUCCACUCAGGACUCAUCACUCCGCAAGGAGACGUUGCAAGGUGUAGCGAAGGAACGCCUCGUCGUCCAGGAGCGAAGAAACCUCGGGCGAAGAACGUGUUUCGACCGUGUUCAACACCGGGAUGCACAAAAGGUGCCCGUGGCAAAUCUGGACUGUGUCAAAAGCAUGGAGGAGGCAAGCGUUGUGCCGCACCGAACUGUCCGAAAGGUGCACAGGGUAGCAGUAGCAUGUGUCUGUUUCACGGAGGUGGCUAUCGCUGCACGGUGGAAGGAUGCAAUACAGGUGCUCGUGGCACUUCAGGUCUUUGUGCCAAGCAUGGAGGUUACAAGAAGGGCAAGGCGGGGGCGACUGCAAAGCGUAGACCCAAUGGUGAGGAUGCUGCAACCAAGAGGGUACGCACUGAUGAGCCGCAACAAGAGCCUGCUGCUGUCAAGACAGAAUAACCAAUGUCAAUAAAUGACCAUAUUUAACAAUCACGAUGGUGAUAGCUCGGCGGUCGUCUUACCUUCCUGAUAGCCGGAAGCUCCAUAUGAAACAGGGAAUGUGGGUCCCCUGGCUGAGGACAUUUGCGGCACAUUCGUGUUGAUUGCUGGAUUACUCGCAUUACCUGCUUACAUUGUUGAGGGCCGCAAAGCAUAGCUUAUUGUCUUGCUCUCUCAUGCAUGACGCUGUAUCGAAUGAAUAGUACCAAAUCCGAUUAGGUGCCGUCUCAUCCUGGUCAGCGUAACAACGCGCUCUUGAAAAGACGAUUAUCAGCACGCGAAUUACCCGAUGCGCUAGAAACGCUACGAGUUCUUGAACUUGUUAGUGGCGUCAACUAGCUCCUUGGCGAUGCCAGGCUCCAUAGCAGAGUGGCCGGCAGUCUGCACCACACGGAAAUCAGCCUCGGGGAAGGCCUUGUGAAAGUCCCAAGCCGUCUUCAUCGGGCAAACAACGUCGUAUCUGUCACACGGGUCACAUCAAAAUUACAUACUCGUGCUAUACAAUGCACCAUGACAACUACGUUCUCAUACCUUCCCUGAACGAUCACCGUCGGAAUGUGGCGAAUCUUGUAAGCAUUUUCGUUCAGGAACUCGUCAUUGGGGAAGAAUCCCUUGUUGACAAAGUAAUGGUUCUCAAUACGAGCGAACGCCUCCGCAAAUUUCGCUUCGUCCAUCGACUUAUCCGCAGCAUCCGACUGUGCAACAGUAGCAAUUAUCACAUCAGAUAUCUAACAAAUCACAAUAGUCAACGCAAAACUUACAGGAGGGAUCAAGUUGCUAGUGGUUUUCUCCCACGUCGUCCACGCCAGCGCAGCAGGAAUGCGAACCUUCGGGUCAUCACUCGUCAGACGUUUGUGAUAAGCCUUAACAAAAUCGCCACGU